AGGCACCUAGGGCUUCCUGCUCAGUGACUAAGCUGCCGCUUCGUGAGGAAAGAUGGAGCUGCCUUCGAUGCUGCCGCUCCGGCCGUUUUGGGCCGCGGGUCCCGCUCCAGGGGAGCUUUAUUCGCCGCCUUGCCCCGGAAUCACGACCGGAGCCCAGGCCGAAGGGGUCUCCAGGACGCUGAGCCCCAUGGUGACCGGCACCUCCGUCCUGGGGGUGAAGUUCAAGGGCGGGGUGAUCAUCGCAGCCGACAUGCUGGGCUCCUAUGGCUCGCUCGCCCGCUUCCGCAACAUCUCCAGGAUCAUGAAGGUCAACGACACCACUGUCCUGGGAGCCUCCGGUGACUAUGCCGACUUCCAGUAUCUCAAGCAAGUCGUUGAGCAGAUGGUGAUUGACGAGGAACUUCUGGGCGAUGGGCACAGCUACAGCCCCAAGGCCAUCCACUCCUGGCUCACCCGGGCCAUGUACAACCGUCGAUCUAAGAUGAACCCUCUCUGGAACACCGUGGUGAUUGGUGGCUAUGCUGGUGGAGAAAGUUUCCUAGGUUAUGUCGAUAUGCUCGGCGUGGCAUAUGAAGCUCCUUCACUUGCAACUGGAUACGGCUCCUACGUGGCGCAGCCUCUAAUGAGAGACGCCAUUGAAAAGAAGCCCAGCCUGACCCAGGAAGACGCCCGGGCCCUCAUUGAGCGCUGCAUGAAGAUCCUUUACUAUCGAGAUGCCCGUUCCUUCAAUCGAUACGAAAUCACAACCGUCACGGAGAAAGGUGUGGAAGUGGAGGGGCCUCUCUCCUUGGACACGAAUUGGGACAUUGCACACCUGGUCAGUGGCUUUGAGUGAAACUGAAGAUCGUUCCAGCUUCGUUUGUUUCUGUUGAGAUAAAACCCCAAGCCUUUCAUACCAAGGAUUAGCAGGUCCCCAAACUUUUUUUUGUAAACCCAAUAAAACAAAACAAGAAUAUUA